GGAUGGGACUUACUAGUAUUCAGCUGCUUCUAAUGUGGACACACUUGUUGUGAGAUCUGCCGUCUGCGCCUGCGUUGACAGCUUUCACGCGCUCCACAGACUUUGGGGCAGACUGAACUGCGCGGUAAAAGAGAUACACAAACAAAAACAUGUGGUUGGGACAGUGAGAAAAUUGGUGAGCAGACGGCCGUACAGAGUUGUGACGGGCAGCUGGGAUCAUGGGUUUACACUCAGCACAGAAGAAGUUCUUUCCCCUGCGAGGGAUAGACGGUGUGGUUCAGCUCUUCGAAGCCGAGCUGCACAAGUCCGAGCCCGACCUGGCUCUUCUCUCUCUGGUUCUGGGCUUUGUGGAGCACUUUCUGGCUGUGAACCGGGUCAUUCCAAUAAAUGUUCCAGGAGUUCGCUUUGAGCCUCUGGAGCCAGACUGCCCCAGCUCGUGUUUCCCCACAGUGGAGCUGGGUAUGAUUUCUGCCCUGUAUGAGCGCUUCACAGCACAGAUCCGGGGAGCAGUGGACCUGUCCCAGUAUCGAAGGACCGCCACAGGCUCCAGCAGAGAGCUUGUGAAGAAAGUCUCAGAUGUGAUCUGGAACAGCCUCAGUCGCUCUUACUUUAAGGACCGGGCUCAYAUCCAGUCCCUGUUCAGCCUCAUCACAGGUACCAAACUGGACAGCUCUGGAGUGGCCUUUGCAGUGGUGGCAGCCUGCCAGGUGCUGGGUCUGAAAGAUGUUCACCUGGCGCUGUCAGAGGACCACGCCUGGGUGAUAUUCAGCAAGAACGGCGAGGAGACCGCAGAGGUCACGUGGCACGGGAAGGGCAACGAGGACCGCCGAGGUCAGACGGUCUCAGCUGGAGUCAAUGAGAAGAGCUGGCUGUAUCUGAAGGGCUCCUACAUGAAGUGUGACAGAAACAUGGAGGUGGCCUUCAUGGUGUGUGCCAUCAACCCUUCUCUUGAUUUGCAUACGGACAGCUCUGAGCUCCUGCAGCUGCAGCAGAAGCUCCUUUGGUUGCUGUAUGAUCGAGGAGACCUGGACAGAUACCCCAUGGCCAUGGGUACCUUAGCAGACCUCGAAGAUCAAGAGCCAAUACCAGGCAAGGAGAGUCCCCUUCAAAUCCAUCUCAAGGCUGUCUCUUCGGCUCAGACCUACUACAACAAUGAGCACAUUUACCCCUACAUGUACCUGGCUGGUUUCCACUACAGACACAGGAAUGUGCAGGAGGCUCUGAAGGCCUGGGCUCACGCUGCUCAGGUCAUGCAGGAAUAUAAUUAUUUCCGUGAAGACGAGGAGAUCUACAAGGAAUUCUUUGACAUUGCAAAUGAUGUUAUCCCCACCCUGCUGAAGGAGACCGCUGCUGCCGAGAGUCCUGGGGAGGAAGGAGAGGGGGGAGACGGGUCUGACAAGGAGCACACCAAGCAGGCAGCAGCUGUGUCAGCGCUACACAACCCACAAUGCUUUGCUCACCUGCUCAGCUUUUAUGAUGGCAUCUGUAAGUGGGAGGAGGGCAGCCCCACUCCGGUUCUCCACGUGGGCUGGGCCACCUACCUGGUCCAGUCCCUGAGCCGCUUCGAUGCCCAGGUGCGUCAGAAAGUCUCCAUCAUCACCAAAGAGCCCGAGUGUCAGGAGGACGACGACCAGUCCAGUGAGGACCCCCGCGAGGGUCGCAGGAGGGGUCCGAGGAGGGAGUCCAAGCUGGAGGAGCAGAGCUCUCCUUCACCCGCCGCCCCCACCUCCCCAUCCAGCCAUCCCCCCACAGCCCAGCCCAAGAAGCUGGGAGACGGUGCCGCCCGGCGCCGCUCCUCUCAGGGCCCGCGGGCCGCCGAUCCAGAAGGAACACCCAAGUCCCCCGCCUCAGACUCGGCCUCGUCCCCCUCCUYCCAGCAGCAGGGGUCCCCCUGCCCUGCCGGGCCCGUGGUGGUCUUUCAGAGUGAGAAGAUGAAGGGCAUGAAGGAGCUGCUGUGUGCAGCCAAGGUGAACUCCAGCGCCAUCAAGCUGCAGCUCACCGCCCAGUCCCAGGUCCAGAUGAAGAGACAGAAGAGCACCGCUGCAGGUGACUACUCCCUGUCCUUCAUGAAGCGCCAGCGCAAGGCUCUGUAGGUGGGGGGCCUGUCUGAGGACACUGUCCAGGGGGGACACUGGAAGACAUACUGUGAAGACCAACACUUUGUUCUGGAAGCAUUUGUGUAGAUCCAGAGGACAGUCUUAGUCCACGUCCUCUGAGUCCUGAGCAGUACUGGACUUGCACAGACCAGAUGAAGUUCAGCGUGGUGCAUCACACCAGAUUGUUUUAACUGAAGGACAUGUUUGAUAGAUUGUAAACAUUAGUUUGUUUGAACUGACAGCCAGUUGCACACUGAUAAACUGAUAAACCUCCAGGUCCAGCUCCACCCACUCAGACCCUGGUCCUGACUGAAUCUUUGGAAGUGAUUAAUUAGGAUAGUUACUGUGUAACAUUGUCCGCUCUGCUUCUAUCUUGCUAGCUCUAUGUUGCCUUACUUUGUUCGUCUUCUUUUCUACAGUAGGUGGCCUUUAGUUUGGCCGAGGCCUGUUUCUGCUCAGACCAGAGAGACCAGACACUGUUCAGAUGGAGCCUGUUUGAUCCUCUUAUGACUUCAUUUCUUUAGUCUAGGUUUUCAAUUGACCAGAAAUAAAUGCCUGAUAAAAACUAA